GCGGUUUAUACGUUUUAACGGAUGUCGUUACAUAUCGGCAAAAGGAGGCGAAAUCCAGAAGAGUGCAAUUAGGGGUUCAGAUAUUCCAAUUUUCAAUUUCCAACUCUAUGGUUUGUUCCCAACCGGGAGACUCCUAGAUCUACUCCACUUCUUCUCCAUUCCGGGCAGUUUCCAGUCCAGCCUUGUCGUCUCCGCCGCGUUCAACCUUUCGAUCCAUACAUUUUAGCAGAAUAUGCUUUCAAUUUCGCAGUCCCUGCCGUUUACAAUUGAAUUGCUUUCCGACCAUCCCCGAUCCGAUUUUCCGUAGAAAUUCUGUAUGGUUGUUGUUGUAAUUAUUGUGUUUGAAGUGUUGAAAUAGGUGAUAUUGGGCUUUGUGGAAGAUUAGGGUUUAUUUUGAUUCUGGAGUCGUGAUUUUGGGUUGAAAUUGGAGUUAUUAUGCAUAUAGAGGAAUUGAAGAGGGGAGACCAACGGGAAAAUGGGGAGGACGAGAAGGUGUGCUGUGACGAGGAGGGAGGUCAUGUUGGCACCAUCGCGAUGACGGAUGUGAAGAGGGUUUUGGUUGGUGCCGGGGCUCGUGCGCUGUUUUACCCGACGCUUCUGUACAAUGUUGUGAGGAAUAAGUUUCAGGAAGAGUUUCGAUGGUGGGAUUGGGUUGAUGAGUUUGUACUAUUAGGUGCUGUGCCAUUUCCAGCUGAUGUUGAACGGCUGAAGGAGCUUGGUGUUCGUGGAGUGAUUACCUUAAAUGAGCCAUAUGAGACUUUGGUUCCAACAUCUUUAUAUCUGGCUCAUGGCAUUGAUCAUUUGGUACUCCCAACAAGAGACUACCUCUUUGCUCCAUCACUGAGUGAUAUAUGCCAAGCCGUAGACUUCAUUAAUGAAAAUGCAUCAUGUGGACGCUCCACAUAUGUGCACUGUAAAGCUGGUCGAGGACGAAGCACAACCAUCGUUAUAUGUUAUCUUGUUCAACACAAACAUAUGACACCUGAGGCUGCUUACAAUUAUGUGAAAUCAAUUCGGCCCAGGGUGCUCUUAGCAUCUUCCCAGUGGCAGGCUGUUCAAGACUACUACCACCUCAAGGUCACAGCUAGCUGUAAACUGAGCCAGAAUAUGAAUGUAGUACUUGAAACUCCGAAUUUAUUGGCUACAAGGGAUCUCGUGGCAUUUGAUGAUGGCUCUGUGGUUGUUGUAACACAAGAGGAUUUGGAUGGAUAUGAUCCAACCUGUGAUUCAGAUGCUAUAGGAACCAGGAUUUGGUCAGAUUUGCGUUUAGUCUACAAGAUUGGAGUUGCUGGUCAGGCCACUUUGGCAAGAAUAUCUUGUCUCUGGCUUCGCUGCCAAACCCAACAGAAGAUUCCAGGUGAAAAGCUGAGCAAUGAUCCAAUUGCCAGUGAUCAACUGGGUGUUCUAAAUGUGAACAUUCAUGUCUAUUGAACCUUGUGUAUCAUGCCUGUAUAGAGUUUCUAAUUACUGUUGACAACUCCAACCGCGUGUGUAUGAUAUGUAAUGGAGAAUGAUCCCUCACCGGCGGCGUUCAGGACUCAUCUCUUAUUUCCAUUGUACUCUGUUGCUAUUUUUUUCAACUUUAAGUUUGAUGCCAAAAGCAGUGCAUUUUUUUGGUUAAUUUCUAAGUUGAAAUGUCAAGCAGAAAACUGCACGUCUUCGUACACGAA